ACAAACAUUGUUUUUCACUCUUCCAUAUACCAUUUCUCUUCAAUUUUCAUCUAAAGUCCAUACCAACCCUUAGGCUUUUUCUCUCCUCCUUGUUUUUGGUACACAGAACAAAACAAAGUACCAUUCAUCAGUUCAUCCUCCAAUCAAUGGAAAUCAGUUUGAGGCUCCAAGAAACAGAAACCCCACCUUCCAUGAACUCAUCACCAAGGAGCAGCAAUCUAAGCAACAACAACAGCAUCAUCCAAAACACCAACACCACACCAAAAUCCUUCCCCAGAUCUGACUGCACCCCUUACCCCACCACCUUUGUCCAAGCUGACACCUCCACCUUCAAACAGGUGGUUCAAAUGCUCACUGGCUCAUCAGACUCCACAAAGCCACAAGAUCCAGCUCCACCACAACCAUCCAAGAACUUCAACAUCCCUCCCAUGAAAACAACACCAAACAAGCAGCAAGGGUUCAAGCUCUAUGAAAGGAGGAACAACAACAACAACAACCUUAAGAACAACCUCAUGAUCAACACCUUGGUCCCCAAUUUUGCACACAUCUCAGGAUUCUCCUCACCCCACAAACCAGAGAUCCUCUCCCCUAGCUUGCUUAACUUCCCCUCCCUCACUCUCAGCCCUGUCACCCCAUUGAAUGAUGAUGACCCUUUUGACAAGUCCUCACCUUCACUGGGUAGCUCUACCUCCUCAGAGGAAGACAAAGCCAUAGCUGAAAAAGGGUUCUACUUGCAUCCCUCUCCCAUGUCAACUCCAAGAGAAUUUGAGCCUCAACUCCUGCCAUUGUUCCCUGUCUCUUCACCUAGAGUUUCUGAGUUACCUUGAGAAAAAAACCAAACCAGACUAAAAACAAGAUUUCUAUGUAUCAUCAUCGUCAUCUUCAAGCUAUGAUUUAUCAUUUGAUUUUCAUUUGAAAGGUACAUAGCUUACUCAAAUUGUACACUUAGAUGAUGAUGCCCUCUUUGUCUUCCUUCCAUGCUGCUAUUGCUAUCCCUUUCUCCUCUCAAUUAUAGGACUUUUUCUUUUCUUCUCCCUUUUUUUUUUGUAAUUUUAAAUUUCUAUCCUCGUCUUCUAAGUGUUUGUUAAACCACAUCUAAAGGAAAUAACCAUUACCUAGAGAGAGAGAAUCUCAAUUUAUGAUCAAGUGUGUUGAUUCAAUUUCACACCAACCACUGAAGAGAAGUUAUGAAGAGACUCAGGAAAAGGCAAAGAGAGGGUAAGGAAAUGAGCAUAAUUUUUUGGGGAGAUAUUUUUGGUGCGCCAUAGUGUCUAAUGCAUCUCUCAUCAAAGAAAAAUGUACCCAAAAGAAAGGUGGGUGGGUCAACGCAAUGAAGGUUGAAAGGGUCCCUCUUGUUAGUGAUUAUGUAAUAUUUUAGUCUGAAUUAAUAGUUUUAGGUUAUGUUUUCCUUGUCUCACUCUUAUUUGAUGGAAGAUCAUGUUAAUGUGUAAGUUCUCAAAAUCCCUUUCUGAUGUAGUAAAGGAGAGACCUUUUUUCUUUUCUUUUUCUUUCUUUGUUUUUAACUGAAAAAAAAAUGAUGGAUAGUGACAGUACCUUGUCUGUAAUAAUUGUUA